UAAAUCGGGAAAUCCAAUAAACGGAUUUCGAAUACCGUAGAACCGUAAUUGAAAAAGCGGAAGACACUUUGAAAAUUAAGAAUGAUCCCUUCAAAUUGAUUAACAGAGUGUUUAGAAACAGAAUAAACAAAUUCAACAUUUCAACUAACUUUGAAAAAAAAAAAGAACUUUUUCUAUGGAUUCUUUGGAUAAAGUUACUGAACCAGGAUAACGUUGAAAAUACGCAGAGAAUUUUCACAUUCUAUUUUGUGCCAUGAAAUUUGCAACAUUCGCAUAAAUCAAUAAUGGUUAAAAAUACAAUAUAUCUAUUUCAUCUCCUUGUAAGGAUUUCAAAAAAAAAUCAUUCAGCUAGUGAGCUGCUUGAUUAAUUACGAGUAACCAAUUGGAAUGAAACCCAUCGAACUGUCACUUUAUGCUUCUAGAAAAAGUUUAGAUGCGCCUUUACGCUGUCCUAACUGUUGCCAUGGGUAUAAACAUAAAGCCUCCCUGUAUAAUCAUAUGACCUACGAGUGUGGAGUAGAGGCCAUGUUUGAGUGCACCAUUUGUGGCAAAAAGUGCAAAAGGAAGAUGCAUCUUAUUUACCAUUUAGGAAGAGUGCAUUCUAUUUUGAGAAGCAAUAUUGUGUUUGUUAGUAAGACGGGCUAUAAAAUAUUAGAUAAAUAAUAUUUUACAUCAA